GGAAGGAAGCCACCAGUUGUGCAAGAGGAAGGUGAUUUACCACAAUGCUCACACCAUUGGUAACUUUGGUUCUUCUUCGUUCAGUGUCUCUGACUCAAACUGCUGAGGUUCCUCCCCAGAUCUCCUUGAUGGUGGUUGGAAUUGGUCAAAAUGCAACUUUACAAUGUCAGGUUUCAGAGAAGGAGGGCAAAUUCUUCCAUUGGUACAAACAGACUCAUGGAUACCUGAUCCAAACAGUCGCCACAGGAACUUUUUCCAGGCAAACGCUCCAGGAGCAAUUUAGGAACUCGCGUUUCACAGUAACAGAGGGGAAGUCCCAUUAUUCUCUGACCAUCGCAAAUGUGGCGAAGGAGGAUGAAGCAACAUACUUCUGUCAAAAUGGAACGGCGUACUCACAGACCUUUGUUAAUGGCAUCUUCCUGGCUGUGAACGAUCAGAAUCAGCAGAAAUCUGUUCUCGUGAAACAAAGUCCAGAGACUGCGUCAGUCAGACCAGGAGCCUCAGUGAUCCUCCAGUGUUCACUUCUCUCCAAGCACAAAGAAAACCUGGUCCAGUGUCCAGAUGAACACAGUGUGCACUGGUUCAGAGCCGGAUCAGGACGCUCCCAUCCCGGCUUCAUUUACACUCAGAGCAGCAGGAGAGAUGAACAAGAGGAGAAGAGCUGCGUCUACAGUCUGUCCAAAACUAUACACAACUCCUCAGAUGCUGGGACUUACUACUGCGCUGUGGUCACAUGUGGAGAGAUCCUGUUUGGUGAAGGAACCAAAGUGGAGACAACACAAGAGACUGACCUGCUGGUAAUUGUACUGGGGGUGCUGUUGGCUCUGUGUGUGAUUGUGAUUGCCAUCCUCGUUUCCUCAAAAUACUGAGGUGGUGACAUGGAGGCGGUGAACUACUCUAUCGCUGGAUUUCUCUACAAAAUCAAAGAAGAAGAGGGAGAAAUAAGAGAAGAAAUGAUGAAACCCUGCAUGGAUUAAGUGUGUGUUAAUGCUGUUGAAGAAAUAUUCAUGUAGGUCAGGCCAGUGCAGAGACUCAGAGACCAGCUGAUAGACAAGCCUCUCAAAGCUUAAUGUUUGUAGUGCUGCAUCUGAGUGUGAACAUCAGCUGAUCACUUGACCCGGGGGCUGCAGGUGGAUGGAUACACAACAGAGAGGAAGACCAUGUCUCCAAAUGAAGCCUGUACCUGUGCACCUCCAUAUUCAGGGGCCGUUCAGAAACAUACACUCUUCCAGAAAAGCGUGUUCCAGCCUCAAUGUCUGUUUGCUAAUGUUGCCUUGUUUAAAUAAUAAGAAUAAAUAUAUUUCUGUCAAUGCACUGAAGACAAUAAUAUAUGUUUAAUAUCACUGAUUUGCCUUUGCAAUGA